CGCGAAUCGUGUGAGUGUGCAAGGUUGAAGACCCGGAACACGGAGCCCUGAAUUAACCAUGAAUUCAUUCCGCUCCAGGUCCGCGGGUGCGAUGGACCGCCGCACCCCCGUGUGGUUUAUGCGCCGGCGUGCGCGUCGCGGUUGCCUCUGUAUGAUCGUCCUCUUCUUCAGCCUCGGGUUGCUCUACGUGUUCUGCGCCGAGAACAGCGCCGCUGCCACGGCCGUCAUCUUCGGACAGCAAGCCGCCCGCAAGUCCCUCCUGUCGGGCUCGCAGCGCGGGGGCCGCCGGCACGGGGUGGAGAAGGUCCUCCGGGAGGCUCGACCGGGCAAGCAAGCACUAGCGAUACCCCCGGGGCUGGCAGGCUUCACCCUGAACCUCACCGCGGCCGGUGUUAACGGCAGCGGCAAAGCAGAGAGGCAGAGGAAAGCCGGCAGAGGAUCCGAGGUGUUGAAGCCCAGCCGCUCGCCGCCUAUCCCCGGCGCUGGAGGUUCUGGUGCCGGUACCAGAGCCGGGCAGAGCCGGGGGUUGUUCCGGAGGCUUUGGGACAGGCUGUGGGGCUGGGGAGAACGGAGCAGGGAGGAUUUUUUCGGAGUCCAGUCCAGCCAGGGGGCGGUGUGGAACGAGAACAUGUCGACAGCAAUGCUGAGCAAGAGACUGAGGAAAGUGGUGCAUAAUUACCAGGCAAUGAACAAGUACAGCGUUAAUUAUGAGCCUCGCCGCGGCCGCAGGCUGACCGGGCCAGAGCUCCUCUGCCAGUUGAAGGCCCGAGUGCAGCCGGACACCCUGACCAGAGACAUGCAGCCCUUCAGCAGCCUGGCCUGGAGAGACCAGCUCCCCCCACACAGCCUCUCCACACACUUGGGAGCCCUGAACUCCUGCGCAGUGGUGACCUCUGCAGGGUCCCUGCACAGAGCCGCGCUGGGCAAGGAGAUCGGUGAGGGGGGGCGCGAGCCCGUUCCUGGGUUAGGGUCUAGCUCUUCUCUCUUUCUCCAGGUGAUGGCGACAAAGGACCACAAGUUCCUGAGUAGCUCCUUGUACAGCACUGGGCUGCUGGUGGCCUGGGACCCAGCACCCUACUCAGCCGACCUCCGAGAGUGGUAUAAUCGCACAGAUUACCCCAUCUUCCAGCAGUAUGUGCAGUACCGCCUCCAGCACCCUGCCCAGCCCUUCUACAUCCUGCACCCUCGCUUUGAGUGGCAGCUGUGGGAGCAAAUCCAGGACAACAUGGAAGAGUCCAUCCAGAGGAACCCGCCCUCCUCUGGAAUGCUCGGUACGAUCCUGAUGAUGUCACUGUGUGACAUGGUGCAUGUUUACGAGUACCUGCCCUCCAAGCGCAAAACGGAGCUUUGCCACUACUACCAGCGUUUCCACGACGACGCCUGCACGCUGGGCGCCUACCACCCUCUGCUGUACGAGAAGAACCUGGUGAAGAGGAUGAACCAGGGCAGCGAUCGCGACAUCUACACCCUGGGGAGAGUCACCCUGCCCGGGUUCAGGAGCCUCAACUGCACCCUGGGGAGGGACUAGAGCCACCUACCCCAGCACAGAGUCACCCAGCGGGGCUUAAACAUCAUACUGCACCCUGGGGAGGGACUAGAGCCAUCUACCCCAGCACGGAGUCACCCAGCUGGGAUUAAACAUCAUACUGCACCCGGGGGGGUGGGGGGGGUGAAAAGAACAAACCGUGAGAAAGAGAAAGAAAGGAUUUAAAAAGCUGCAGCUGUUGGUGGCGCCAAAGCAGUAAAUAUUCCUUUAGAAUGCAGAGCGCCCAGCUAUUAAUAUUAAUAUUAACGCGGUCAUAUAAUAUCAAGAAACGCCACAGCCCCAGAUUGGAAACAGUGUACAUUGAACAUAUAUAUAGUCGUCACGCACACACGCACACACACACGCACGCACGCACGCACACACACACUAACAAUGCCAGAGUACUUGUUUAACACAGUUAUACAUUAUUAAACUAAUGUGAAUAUAUUUAUUGCAUAUUUAAUAUGUGGGAUUCAUCUUGUACAGCAUAAACACUUUGCCAAAUUCAAGCUGAACAAAAAUGGUUAGUUUGUUGUAUUUUUUUUAAAAUGUGUUUUAUUGUAAUGCGAGCUAUUAAAACUAGACACCCUGUAAAGAUCACCCGUGUAAAAACCAAACAAAACAUUC